UGCAUGUGGGCAUGUGUGUGUCUGCGAGUGUGCUGGAGACUCGUCGAGCUGCAGGACCACUUCAAAACUUCACAGGCUCCGUCGAGGGAAUCCUCCUUUUGGCGAAUUGGCGAUAAAAGGAGCCGAAUCGGGCAGCUUUGUUCCCAGUCCAGCUGUGUCCGUCGGAGAGGAAGACCGGUCCGGUUUUCUUGGCAUUGGAGCCAUUUCCGGCCAACAUGGAUGAUUUAGAUGCUUUGUUGGCGGAGCUCGAGUCCACAACAUCCCACAUUUCCAAGAACCCACUUUUCCUGUCAGACGACACUGCAUACUCCUUCCCUGUUGGGAGUCAACCCAGCCAAGACAACUGCUCUCCAUCCCAGGUCCCCCCUGAGCAGGCUCUGAACGGACUGGACGAGACGGAGCCCGUGAGUUCGGCUCAGAGAGGUCCCUGGUCCAGAGAAAGCAGCAGUCCAAACAAACCCAUCGGUGAAGAGGACCACGUAUACAGCUUCCCUAAUAAGCAGAAGAGUAGUGAGUCAUCAUCAUCAGCUGCUGCCAUGAACUCAUCGCUGGGCAGCAACCUGUCUGAGCUGGACCGCCUGCUGCUGGAGCUCAACGCCGUGCAGCAGAGCACCCCUGCCUUCCCCACCGAAGAAGAAACGGCUCCACCACUGCCUGCAAGUGGUAUCAUUCACCAUAUUCAAGAGAAUGGCGUCGCCACGGCGGGCAAAGCCCCUCCACCAACACUGGAGAAGCCCAAGCGCAACACGGCAGCUCGAGGGACGGAGGCCGUGAGACCGAGUGUGGAGAGCCUUCUAGAUGAGCUGGAAAACUCUGUGCCCACACCCAUUCCCGCUACAUUGUUGGAGUCAGACGAACAAGCCGAUGCACAAGAGGAAACGCUGUCACAACAACAGGCCAGAAUGUCCGCCUCCUCUGCAACUCGAGAGCUGGAUGAGCUCAUGGCCUCGCUGUCUGACUUCAAAGUCCAAAGCAAUUCUGGCUCUCAGUCGUCCGUGAAUCAGGAGACUGGAGACUCUUUAGUGGUUGUUGGUUCAGCAGUUGUGCAAGUGGUGACCGAUGCAUCUGUGACUACUCAUAUGGGCUUAGAGGACACUCCUCUCCCCUCAGGUCAUGCUUCACCUUCCUGCACACCUCUUCCACUGGAACUACACAUAGAUGAGGACGGUUCAGCCCCUUCGUCUUCACGUGGUUCCACUGUAAUAAUUGCAUCAUCUCAGAGCUUUCAGUUCUCCCAUGUCGAACAGAGAGAUGACGUUGACGCCGUCACUGAGAUCUCACAUUUGGAGAACUUCCUGGUCUCCAGUACGCUAAAACCUCUUCGUGAAAAUGAGGUCCACAGUCUUACACACGCGUCAGGGACGAAACAGUCUACUAGUGCAGGUACUAUUGCUGGGAGCUCUAGUCUACUUGUUACCAAUAAUUCAGUUCCUGCAUCUAAAAUCUCCAGUCCCAUUUUAAAAGCCAAGACUCCCAGUCUUCCUGAUGAUAACUCUAGAGUUUCAGUGCCGGACAGUCUCACCUCAGUUCCCAUAAGUUAUAGUCCACAAGUAGUGCCAAAGACAGCAAGUCCAGUACACAUAAUGUCUGCCCCACUAACCAUCCCAAACAGUCCUGACGCCGUUCCCAAGUGUGCUAGUCCAGUGACGGUCCCAAAACUUUCAAGUCCAGUUCCAAAGACUGCAAGCUCUGUAACUGUUCCUACAAAAUCCAGCUCUCCAGUCGGACCCAAGACGUUUGCUCCUGAAACGGUGCAGAGGAAUUCUUCCCCAGUAAUGCUUCAGAGACUCUCAAGUCCUGUGAUGGUUCCCAAGAGUCCCGCAGGCAUCAGAAAAGCAUUCACAAGUCCCAGCACCGGUAGUCCCAGGUCUUCACCAGUUUUCGCUGCCGCUGCACCGUCACAUAGCGUGUAUUCCUCAGAAAAUCAAGGAGGUGACGCACCGGAUAUAACAUGGCCAUGUCGGGAGCCAUUAUUGGAUGAUGCUUUGGACAAACUCUUAACCCCCGACAACCAGCCAUCUACUUUUGUUAAGCCUGGCGAUGAAUGGGAAGACGAGGAUGCAAUUUACCGUGAUCUCAGCCGAGCAGAGACCUGGACACCCAUGACUGAGUCGAGCUGGAUGGAGGAGUGUUUCACCCCCUCCACCUGCCCCGGGACUCCAGACGCGUCGCUGGAGCUGCCCACGCAGCAGCCUUCUGCCGUGGAGCGGCUGUCUGCCUCUGGUCAACUCAAGUCGGUUAUCAGGCGCACCAAAGAGACAUCCAAUGUGCAUCCGAUGUUCAGGGAGGCAUUGCUGAGACGGAAAAUGGGACCAAUUAUUGUAAAUAAAAGCAACUCGCAGGAUCGACUCAUUGAGGAGCUGCAGGGGAAACUGGGGAUUGGGCGAGUGGAGCGCAAGCGUAAGCAACUGCCAGAUGACUGGCUGACGGAGGGCGUCAUCGUUAUGUCCAACCCCCAGAGAACACGGGAAGAAGGGAGUCAGCCAUCUGUAGAUAAGAUCAUCAUCCCUCCUGAAUCACCUGCCCCUCAGAGGAAACUCCUUCCCCCUCCACAGUCUCCCCCAGCACCCAAAAAAUCCCCCCCAGUCAAGCAGACACCUCCACCGCUGCCUCCUCCACCUCCAACGCCCCCUCCACCUCGAAAACUCACCCCACCACCCCCCGCGGAGCCCAGCCCUCCACCUCCCAUAGAGCCCACUCCUCCACCUCCCAUAGAGCCCCCUCCACCGCCCCCGGUGGAUCCCUCCCCACCGCCCCCCAUGGAGCCCCCUCCUCCCCCUCCCAGGGACCUUACACCUCCCCCGGUCCAGCUCCCUCCGUCACCGAGUCCCCCGCCCAUCCCCAUCACGCCACCCCCACCUCCCAAGGUCUUUGUAUCAGUGGCUUGUCAGACAGAGAACGAUGCAAACUUCCCACCGCUGCAGAUCCAGUCACAGGGAAAGACCUCACCCACUGCUGCCCCAAAACCAGUCAACAAGCUUGACAACAUGCUGGGAAGUCUGCAGUCUGACCUCAACAGACUGGGAGUUCAGACGGUGGCCAAGGGCGUCUGUGGAGCCUGCAAGAAACCGAUUGCUGGACAGGUGGUGACUGCCAUGGGCAGAACGUGGCACCCGGAGCACUUUGUCUGCACCCACUGUCAGGAAGAGAUAGGCUCCAGGAACUUCUUUGAGCGUGACGGCGUGCCCUACUGCGAGAGAGACUACCACAGCCUGUUCUCUCCACGAUGCCACUACUGUAACGGACCCAUACUGGAUAAAGUAGUAACCGCUUUGGACAAGACUUGGCACCCGGAGCAUUUCUUCUGUGCCCAGUGUGGAGCAUUUUUUGGACCAGAAGGUUUCCAUGAGAAGGAUGGGAAGGCCUACUGCAGGAAGGACUACUUUGACAUUUUUGCCCCGAAAUGCGGUGGUUGUGCCCGUGCCAUCUUGGAGAACUACAUCUCUGCCCUUAAUUCACUUUGGCACCCUGAAUGCUUCGUCUGCAGAGAGUGCUUCACCCCAUUCAUAAAUGGCAGCUUCUUUGACCACGAUGGCCAGCCGUACUGCGAAUCCCAUUACCACGAGCGGCGUGGAUCACUGUGCUCUGGCUGCCAGAAACCCAUCACUGGCCGCUGCAUCACCGCCAUGGGCAAGAAGUUCCAUCCGGAGCACUUUGUGUGUGCUUUCUGCCUCAAGCAGCUGAACAAAGGCACCUUCAAAGAGCAGAAUGACAAGCCCUACUGCCAGGGCUGCUUUGUGAAACUCUUCAGUUAGACUGCAUGCUUAAGUGUUUGUGCAAAUGGGUAUAAGGCUACAUGUACGUGUAGAUAUAUGUGCACUCACACGUCUGUGUGCAUCUAUGAUUUAGAGGUUUUUAAGACAGAUUUUUAAUCAUGUCAUAACAAAGGGUGACAAAUGUCUCUUGCAGCUAUGACACUGAAAGGACCUCCCUGGAUGUCCAACCUUUUACACUUUUACAAAAGAUUUUUAUCAGAGCCCAAAGAGAUUUUUAUUUAGACUUGUAUUCCUGUGCGCGAUAGGAAAACGGAGGAAAGGUGUUGUUUUUUCCCCCCAUGUACAUGUGCCCACCAAUAGUUUUGGUUUGUAAAUGAUUUAACUCAUUGCAGGGCAAGACCUUGCAUCACGUGGUGUUGAGCCCGUGCUUGCAUAACCUGGUGCAGAUCCGAGACUGUUGCUUGAUUGCAUGGACCAUUUAGAGUUAACCCGAGCAGUUUUAAAGUAACAUGAGUGUUGAAUGUGCAUUGCUUAGCCAAUGAGUGUUGAGGGGGAAAAAAAAAUAUGUAUUUUUCUAACUUUGGAAAACUUAUGAGGUGCCAUUUCAAAUGACCGUAAAUACACUUUAUGCACAUGCACACAGACACAAGCUUUCUUCGCUUCUUCGAAAUACCAGUCCAGCCUAUGUGCACACUUCAACAGCAGACCUCUUGAGGUGUAUUUUAUAAGUUAGUGUCCUCAAGAUAUUAGUUCUUAUUUUUCUACAGCUUAUCGUUGCCAAUAAACACUUUUUUCUGUUUCAGCAUACAUUGUAUACCCAAUUAUUCAAAUUUUCUUUUUUCUUUGAACUGUUGCAAGAUUACAUUUUGUUUUAACUCGGCUGUAGCAACUUAAAUGUCAUCUCCAUUAAAAAUGUUAAAAUAACACUGAAUAGUAGCAAUCAAUUACAUUAAAAACCAAGUCAAUUCAGAAUAAUACAUAUACAAGAAUUACAAAUGUCAACUGUUUUUGCAAUUUAUGAGGAAAGAGAAAUAAAAACAAAACAAGAUUUUCUUUUUUGACACAGAAAUUUGACUGUUAUCACAGACCGGUCUUUUUUUUCACUCAAUGUAUCUGUUACCACUUAAAUGCUUUUAUCACCUCAUUCGCUCUGUCAAUAUUUCUGAUUAUUGAUUUACAAUGUGAUUGUGUGUUUUGAUUUAGAAACAUGCUAAUUUCUUCAACGAGGCAUCUUAUCAGCACCAGCUGCCAGUUGCUGUUACAAUCAGAGUCAGAAUUUUUAAACCCGUAAUACCCGUCAUGUAGAGAUAAAACUGUAUUUUGUCUGUUUGAAUGAAAACGUAUAUAUUUUUGAGCUGUGACGGUUCGCACCGAUAUGCAAAGAGCUGGCUCUAUUGGCAUGUAGCCUCCUGUAACAAUAGUUUACCCUGGUCUCAUUCCUUCUCACACACACACACACGAACCAGCUUAGAUUCCAGUAUGUGAAGCUUCAGAGCAGAUGCAACCUGUGCUAUUUGUAUUUUGAACUGUGAUCGUGCUUUCUUCAUGAUAUUAGUGCAAAGGCAAAUGGAUAGAAGCUGGGUUUUUUUUUUUUGCUGGUCAGGAAUCAGAAUAUCACACCAAGCCAGGGCCAGACCCUUGCAAAAAUAUGUGUAAUUGCUCUUUUUUUUUUUCUUUCUUUUAGAUAUAAAUUAAUCUUGGAGCCUGAUCUGUGCGUGUCAAUACACGAGUUGAUGCAGAGUAUCAAGAUUCAAGUUGUUUUUAAUUCCUUCUUGUGCCAAAUGUGUCAAUGCAAUAAGGUCUUACACACUGUUAAAGCUCUCGGCCUUUUCUGAGAUGAACCCUUUCAGGGAUGAACGCUGGGAGACGCUUCACCUGCUGCGCUGCGUUUUAACUCAACUACACACCGGGAUGGAGGAGCAGAGAAACUUGCUACACUGAGUCAGUCAGCACACGUAGCGUUUACUUAGUGGAUUCAGAUAUUUAGAAUCCAGCAAAGGAGGGAUUGUGGAAAAUACAGAAUUUAGUUUAAUUUUUCUCAUUUACAUCAUAUCACAGUUAAUUGUUUUAUAUCUGUCAGAGAAUCGUUAUUGAAAAGAAAAAAAAAUUGAAUCAUUUUUCUUCUGUGCUUAUGUGAACUCGUGUUUGUGAAUGCAGACAUUCUUGUGAUUUAUUGCCAUUUAAAUUUUUCUCAUAAGCCAUAAAUCUGUGCUGGUUGGGCUGUGAGCCUUUGCAGGCCCUGAUUACUGAUUGAUAAACUUCUGCAAAUUAAACAGAAAGUAUAUAUCUUG